UCUCCUCUUCAUUACAUCCCAUGUUCACUACUACUACUACUACUCAAAAACAAAAACCUUCUCUCUAAAACUCUCUUCAAUUCUAAUAAUUCCCAUAAAAUUAAUUAGUCAGUGAGAAAACUUGAAAAUGUCUACCAUUGUUUACCAAGAAUUACAACCUUGUUGUAAUAGUAACAUUGAUUCCAGAACUCUGAGCCUCAAAGUCAAUAAUCCGUUAAAUCUUGAAAAAUCGAGUAGUAACGGCGGUUGGAGCUCCAUUGAGACUCUACCAAGUAAAGUAGACGGGAAAGCGAAAGAAGAGGCUAUAUAUGUUCACCCACUUGUUAAACGGUCAUCAUACAUGCUCAGUGAAAAAAGUCUACAAAUGUGUACGGAAAGCCUAGGAUGCGAGACCGGCACUUGUGACAUGGUAAGUCUCGAUAGCCUCUUCCCUUCGUCGUCGUCGUCGUCGUCGCGAUCAUCGUCAUCGACUAUAAAAGCGACGAUGAAAGUAAGAACACCGCGACAAAAGUUUGAUAUAAGGAAACAAUUCUCAUUUGAUCAAGGGAACUUUCCGCCUCCCUUGACCACCAUUAGUGGGUCGAGUAAUACUACUAUUCGUGUUAAACAAUAUCGUGAAGAUGGCCGAUUAGUAAUUGAAGCUGUUUCAUCCCCUACAGUUCAGCCUUGUAUGCAAGCGGAACGUUGUGAUGGCCGACUAAAGCUGUCCAUGUUAAGGGUGCCUUCGUCAGACAUUAACGACGAUGACAAUGACAAUGACAAUGACAACGACAACGACAACGAAGAUAAUUGUCAAGAGAAUACUGGUAAUGGGGUUGAAAAUGAAUUGGUACAAAAUGAAGAAAAAAAGGUUGGUAAGGAAGAAUAUGAGGAAUGUAACAAAAGUGAUGCAAAUAUGAUAGAGGAUAUGAAUGGAAUUAAAGUAGAGUUAAGGGUUAAAUUGGGAAAACAAAAGAUUCAAAGACCAACUAGAUGCAAAGAAAGAGGUCAGAGAUUAAUCAAUUGGGAGCCUUUUUGGGUGGCUACUUGAAAAGAAAAAGAGAGAAACUUUUUUUGUACCCUCCAUUUCUCCUGGCUUUUGCUUCAUUCAUGUAAUUGUUAUGGGUUCACUCUUGAAUAUAAAUAGUCACUUUUAUUUGGGUUUA